GUGGAACUGUUACCAAGCCUCCAGCUUCCAAGCUGUUUUACAUACCUCAAAAACCAUACUUAGCACUUGGAACUUUCCGUGAUCAAGUUAUUUACCCAGAUACUAAAACUAUGGCACGGUCCAAAGGGUUCGAUGAUAGCAAAUUAAUGGAAUUACUUGAUGUCGUUCAGUUGGGUAAUUUAAUUGCACGAGAGGGUGGAUGGGAUGUUGUCCGAGAUUGGGCUGAUGUUCUGUCCGGAGGUGAAAAACAG